CCAAAUCCCUUGGCUACUCCUCCAUCCCAAAUCCUUCGCCUCCAGAAAGCUCCUUUUCAUUUGGUUUUUUCCUGAAUUUAUCGCGUGGCUCUGUGUUUUUCUGCCUGUUUCUCUCUUUUUUUCCCCCCUUCCAUGUUCCAGGGCUUUUGAACGCCAUCCUGUUUCUGGAGGAGUUUGAUGCUUUCUGUUGCUGAUUCCGGAAUUUUCUUUCCGUAACUACUUUUUCGGAGAAUUCGGCGAUGUGCGGAUCAAUCUUCGAUCAGUUGUUGGAUUUGGAUUCUGGAUUAGAGAUUUUGUUUGAUUUUUUCAGCCAUGUUUGAUUGGAACGACGAAGAGCUUGCAAAUAUAAUAUGGGGUGAGGCUGCUGAUAGUGAUGAUCAUAUUGUGCCUUAUCGGGAGGCUAGUGAGAAUUAUUAUGACAAGAAAGAAUGGCAUCAAGACACGGUAUGCACAAAACUUAUGGAGCAAAAGUCACCUGGGACUAAUGUUGAUGAUACCCAUGAAAGAAAGCUGGAAAGCAGUCCUGGCAAUGAAGAAGGAACCUCUGCCUCAAAUCUCGACAAUGAUCCAUUGGCUGACAUAUCCUUGUCCAAACCUUGCAGAAUUGACCAGGACUCUAAUGGUAAUGAAGUAUCUCAUGAAUUAACUGAAAAUAGCAAAUAUAAUUCACCAAGAUAUGCUGCGAUGAUCAAAGAUGCCCAAAGUUUUCAAAGAACUGAAGAAGGUAAAGGACAGGCUGAUUUUGUUGACUAUGGAUGGGCUAAUAUUGGAAGUUUUGAUGACCUAGAUAGAAUUUUCAGCAACGAUGACCCAGUAUUUGGCCAAGUAAGUCUCAGUGAUGCUGAUGAGAUGUGGUCUUCUUCUUUGAAAGAUUUGCACAACAGCCCGAUGAAAUUAUUCCCAACUGUGGAGUCGCAGAAUUUGGACUCAGGAGUGGACACUGAAAAGAAUCCAGAGUACUCGAAACAAAAUGAGCAAUUAUCUACUCUUGCCAGUGGGCGAAGUAGUGAUACUGGAUCACUUGGGUUGCAGACUGGAAGUGCAAUCUUAACAAAUGUAGGAGAUAGGACUGGAGCUCUUGCAAAGGAUCUGACGGAUCUGGAGAAAAUGGAAAAACCAUCUGCAGCCACACUUCACCAAAGACCUGAUAUUACCGCAACUGCCAAUGAGUUUUCAAAUAAGAUUGGUAGUCAGAAAAAAGUGUUGAAAUCUCGUAAAAGAUCGGAGGGGAGAAGUGUUGAGAAGAUGUUUCAAGAUUUUCAUGGAAACUGGCCUUCACCAACGAACCCAGCAGCUCAGUUUGAUAACAAAUCACCUCAGUACCAACGAAGCUCCAAUCCUUUGAUGCACCAGCCAUUAUAUCCGAUUGCUGCAAAUGCAUAUCCUGUUGUACCCUUGCUGUCCCAAAUUCAGCCGGGAGAUCUUCAGCCUCAGCCUUUUAUCAGUCAAGAUAUUUCCCCCAGUGGCGCAAAUCAUGUGGACAAACCAGCCGAUGGUUUUGUAAAGUCUCUUACCAUGACACCUCAAGAAAAAAUUGAAAAGCUUAGGAGAAGACAACAAAUGCAGGCAAUGCUUGCCAUUCAAAAACAACAGCAACAGUUCAAUAAUCAAGUCUCUACUACCAGUCAAUCCAUUUCUCCAAAAUGUCCCCAAGAAAUUCAGUCUCAGCACAUCAAAAAGACUGAUCUUGUUUCUGAAGAAAUAUACACUUUUCCUGCUCAAGAUCCGAAGUCACCUUUAGAGCAAGAUGAUUCCAGUACAGUCUCCACCAUGGUUGAUCGUUUUUCUAUGGAAGAUACAACUCUUUGCAGACUUCAAGAAAUUAUUUCUAAGCUGGAUUUCAAAAUCAGACUUUGUAUUCGGGACAGCUUGUUCCGGUUGGCCCAAAGUGCAAUGCAGAGACAUUAUGCUAACGACACAAGUAGUUCCAACAAAAGUACCAGAGAUGAAAAUGAAACCACUGCAAAAGGAGAAAUCAAUAGUCAUUGUAGAAUGGCUGGGGAGCCGGAUGCUGAAACAGAGACCAACUCCAUCGACAGAACUGUGGCUCAUCUUCUCUUCCAUAGACCCUUCGAGUUUUCACAAAACUAUCCUGAUGCACCCGAAUCGCCAAUUUCUGCGAAGUUUUCUUCCGAGCAGAAGGCAGGUUUGAAGAGCUCGCCAAUGGAAUUCUUGUCUUGCAAUGCGUUGGGUAAACAUCAUAUUUCCAUGGAUGGGUCUAGAAGUUCUUGGACGUCGGCAGAGAUGCAGCAGAUUAAAACUAGUCCUUGUAUGGACAUAUCAGAUAACACGUCCAAUACUGGACUGGUAGAUGAUGCAGUUCUGGAGUAUGAAGCCUCUCAGUGAGGAAAUGUGCACGUUAGGACUAUCAUACGGAUCAUACAAACCACUGUUAUGGGAGCUUCAAAACUUUGACUAACUCGUGGAUCCAGAAGUAUCAAAAUCAUGGAACAUAGAUCUCGAAGUAUUGAAAUCUCGAAGCACACAACAUGCUUCUUAUGUAUUCAGAAAAAAAUAAACUCUGAACAACGAUUUGGAGACCGACUUGUAUGUAACUUAACACGCACCAGCAAUAACUGGAUUGUGUUAUUUAUGUGAUGCUAUGUCUGUAGUGGUGUGAGCCUUUGGAUGUUUUAUUUUAGUCCGCUUGGAAGAUUGAAACAUAACAUGCAAUUUCCACGACUCAUAAAAUGUUAUUCCUAGUGAUUGAAUUGUAUUC